GGUGGAAUGAGCUGAAGCUGAGGCCCUGGGCUCUGCUAAUAGAGGAACCAAGAAAUGUUCCCUUUGAAAAGAGAGAAGUAUGUCACUGUUGUGGCCCCAGACGUACAGACUCCCACCUCCGUCCUGAGUGGAGUGCCCAUUCUCUGGAAAGCCGCAAACAUUCCCAAGCUGGACUUCUACUGAAUUAUCUCAAAUUCUUUGAAUUUCUCUAGUCUGGAAGGAUUGAAGGAGGGGACAGGAGGCGGGGAAUGACCUCCAAAGAGUUUAAAUAGGUCACCUCAAUGCUAGGCACCAAGACAAGCUGAGAGACCCAUGAAGAUCUUCACCUGUGUUUCUGACACCAUGAUGUCACUUCGCAUACUGUUCCUGGCUGUCCUGCUUCUGGGGACUUCUCUGCAGCACGCCAGCACUGCUCGAGCCACCAAUGUAGGCCGAGAGUGCUGCCUGGAGUACUUCAAGGGGGCCAUACCCAUCAGGAGGCUGGUGACGUGGUACAGGACCUCAGUUGAGUGUCCCAGGGAUGCUAUCGUGUUUGUGACUAUCCAGGGCAGGUCCAUCUGUUCAGACCCCAAAGACAGGCAUGUGAAGAAGGCCAUCAGACACCUCCAAAGGCUACAGCCUUAGCCGAUUGAUGAUCGUCUCCCGGAAGCAUUCAGAGACAGCAGCAUUGGUGUCCACGACCUCAACCCAAAGCUGCCUGCAUCCAGCAGAGGCCUUAGGAGCCCAAGAGAAGCCAUGGAGUGGGGGUCCUGUCCCCUUUUAUAGACUCAAGCAACGGGCAAAAAACUCUGAUUAAACUCCUCCUCCUCCU